CAUUUCGUUCCCCUUCCCCUCCUCCUUCUUCUUCCGCGGCUCUCCCGGUUUUUUAAUGCGAAAGAGACAGAAGAAAAAAAAAUCAUCCAUUCCAUCGUCGAUUUCCAUCUCUCCUAAGCUCCUGCUUUCUACUUCUUCUUCUUCUUCUCGAUUUUCACGGUGAGCGGGGCGGCGGAGCUUGGUUGGAGCUGAGCCGAGCGGCAGUUGUUUCUUUUUCUUGGCUCGUUCACUGGAAAGAAGGAACAAGAUGAGUUUGGUGGGGAGACAGAUGUCGCGAUCUCACUCCACGGCGCACCACCACCGCCAGUACUCCGAUAACUUCCUCGACGCCAGCAAAUGGCUCCAAUCGUCUUCUCAGGACUUCGGGUACGGGUCAAAGAUGAAUCGGAGCAUGCAGUCAAACCCGUCGACUCCGCCGGUCUGCUCGCGGUCGUCGAGCCUCCGACACGCUGGGGACGGCCAAGUGUCGCCGGGCCUGCUUGAUCUCCACUCCUUCGACACCGAGCUUCUCCCCGAGAUGCAAGUUGGGAGCCGCUAUGAAGGAUACUCGUUUGAUCAAAGAAGCUCUCGUGGUAGGAGUUUUGAUGACUCCGAGCCAAAUCUCUUGGCCGGCAAAGUUGGAAGCAGAUCGGCUAAAGGGCUGCCUGAGAAUAGCCUUCUCAAGAGCUUCUCUGCUUCAGUGGAUAAGGAGAGAGCCAACAAUGUUGCCAAGAUCAAAGUCGUGGUGCGAAAGAGGCCAUUGAAUAGGAAAGAGAAGACGAAGAAAGAAGACGAUAUCAUUGCCAUUGAACCGAAUUCGAAUGCUCUCACUGUUCACGAGACCAAGCUCAAGGUGGACUUGACCGAGUAUAUGGAGAAACACGAAUUUGUUUUCGAUGCUGUGCUGGAUGAAGGUGUUUCAAAUGAUGAAGUUUAUGCAGAGACGGUUCAACCAAUCGUGCCUUUGAUUUUCCAACGAACAAAAGCAACUUGCUUCGCAUAUGGGCAAACUGGCAACGGCAAGACCUAUACCAUGCAACCACUUCCAAUCAAGGCCUCACAAGAUAUAUUGAGGCUAAUGAUUCACACUUACAGGAAUCAAGGUUUUCAAUUGUUUGUCAGCUUCUUCGAAAUAUAUGGGGGAAAGCUUUUCGAUCUACUCAACGAUAGGAAAAAGCUUUGCAUGAGGGAGGAUGGGAAACAACAGGUGUGCAUCGUGGGUCUGCAGGAAUACAGAGUAUUUGAUGUGGAGACAAUCAGGGAGCUCAUUGAAAGAGGAAAUGCCACAAGAAGCACAGGUACAACUGGUGCAAACGAGGAGUCUUCUAGAUCACAUGCUAUACUUCAGCUUGUGAUCAAGAGAUCAGCUGAUGGAUCCGAAUCAAAACCUGCCCGGGUUGUAGGAAAGCUGUCUUUCAUUGAUCUUGCUGGAAGUGAGCGUGGUGCCGAUACCACUGAUAAUGAUAAACAGACAAGGAUGGAAGGAGCUGAAAUCAACAAGAGCUUGCUGGCUCUGAAAGAAUGCAUAAGAGCUCUCGACAGCGACCAGGGUCAUAUUCCAUUUAGAGGGAGUAAACUGACUGAAGUACUACGCGAUUCAUUCGUUGGCAACUCACGUACUGUGAUGAUAUCUUGUAUCUCGCCUAGCUCAGGCUCUUGUGAGCAUACUCUCAACACUCUGAGAUAUGCUGAUAGGGUGAAAAGUCUAUCAAAAGGAGGCUCCAAGAGGGAUCUUCUGUCCUCUUCAACUCCAAACCUCAGGGACUCGACUGCUUUGCUGCAGAUGUCUGAUGAUAGCAUAACCGAAUUCCCCAGUGAUAAGAACAGGUUUGGUUGGUCAAAGUCAGUCGAUAGGGAAUCAUCUCCACCUCAUAAUCUGGAACGUGUGCCUAGUGGAAGAUCACAGAGCUACCAAGUUUCUGCAUCUGAUGAUAGAUGGAGAAAUGAUGCUCCAACGAAACGGCCUGAGAUCAUGACGCCUCAACCCAACAAUUUUCAUCCAGACGAGGACUUGAAUGCUUUGUUGAUGGAAGAGGAAGAUCUUAUAGCUGCACACCGGCAACAAGUGGAGGAGACAAUCAGCACAGUCAGGGAGGUAAGUCAGUUAGCUAGCUGCUGCAGUGCAACUUCCAAUCGCUUCCUAUUUCCGCGUAUUCGAGAUUGUAUCAUUUUGAUGCAUUUAAGAUUAGUUAUGCAAUUCCAAAUACACUCCAAUGCAUUAAUAAUCUCGACGUAUUUGUUCAAUAGCAUGUUGCUCAGAUCACUCUUCCAAAUAUACUCAACCUGAUGACAUACUGAUACAACCAUCACUAUGUAACCUCAGGAGAUGGACUUGCUAGCUGCAGCUGACGAGCCAGGCAACCAGCUGCACGAUUACGUCGCCAAGCUGAAUACAAUUCUCUCGCAGAAGGCUGCGGGAAUUGUACAGCUGCAGACCCGGCUUGCUCAAUUUCAACGCCAUUUGAGUGAGCAUAAUGUCAUAGUAUCUUCAUCUGGUAACUGAAUUUUUUCAUAUUUGUUGCCAAACAUGGUGACUUCACCUAGUUACCAAAUGGAAGGGUAUGCUUGAUGGAGUGGAGUGACACGUUUGUAUUUAUCUAUUCCUUUUCUUUACACUUCGAUCACUGUUUGUUUGUUUGUUUGUUUGUUUGUUUGCAAAAUCGGCCAUUGAUUGAUGAUGGCAUAUACAUCUGAGUUGCAGAUCAUAUCAGUAAUCAGAUGUUAUUUGUAGAAAGGAAUGUGUUUGGCAGCAGAGGACAUAAUUGAGUUACAACUUUUGGCGUCAUUCAAUAUUCAUUCUGGUUCUUUGAUUUUUUUUG